CAGCGGUAAAUAGACAAUUAAUGACAUAGGCAAGAGCGUAUUUAUGAACUAGCACAUUAUCACCUGUAGAAGGCAUUUUCUGUUGAUGAAGAGAAAUACUACUUGGAAGACCAUCGACUAAUUACAAACAUCAUCGUUCUACCUCAGCGCACAUUGGUAUUAUUUGUGGGGCGAAUUUCCAUCUACGUAGACCGAACCUACAGAAUGGAGUUUAAGAUGGGCGAGCGAAAGUGGGUAUCCGAAGCCGACGAGUACGUCUGUGCUCUUUCGGAGGAUACACAAAAGAUAGCCAAAGACACCCUGGGCGAAGACAAAAAUGUACGCGAUCAAGCUUUGGAGUCGAUGAGACACUGGAUUACGCACAAUCCGAGAAUUUUAAACUGUCGCCUAGACUCCAAUUUUUUGCUCAGAUUCCUGCGCUUUUCGAAGUUCAGCGUCGUUCAAGCCCAGAUCGCCCUGGAGCGGUACCUUCUUCUCAGGCAGUCGUACGGAAUGGUCUUCCGCGAGAUGGACAUUAAAAUACCGAAGAUGACCGAAUUGCUGCAGACCGGCUUUCUGUUCGUCUGUCCGAAGCGCGACAAGAAUGGACGUCGCGUGUAUAUAAUCAGGCCGGGCGCCUUCGAUCUGUCGAAGUACACGAAUGCCGAUAUGCUGAAGAUUGCGGGAAUUGCCUUUGAAACGCUGAUCGAGGACGAAGAGAAUCAAGUUAAGGGAUUUGUCUAUUUGGCCGAUGGACAGGGGUGCGGGCUGCCUUAUGUUACGUUGUUCACGCCGCUUGAAAUGGUUCGAUUAGUGAAAAAUGGAGAGAAAACUGUACCUGCGAGGCACAUCGAAAUUCACGGCCUAAACGUACACCCUACAAUGAAGUUUGCGUACGAAUUCGGCAUCUCCUUAAUAUCAGAGAAGAUACGUAAAAGGAUCAAGCUCUACUCGACCAUCGAAGAGUUUCUGGCGGGCGGAACGAUGGAACUCGAUAUACUACCGAAGGAAUACGGAGGCACGACGCCCAUGUCCGAAAUGAUUGACAACUGGAAAGAGGAGCUGCUGAAUGAAAACGCACGUUUACUGUCUCACGAUGAAAUGGCAGUGCAAGAGGAGUUAUUUAGCAGCAAGGAAAGAGACGGUGCCGUUUCGGCACUACGUGCCAGUGGCGGCACUUGUGGAAAUGAGGAUUCUAUGUACGGGGUUACCGGAAACUUUAGAAAGUUAGAAGUAGACUGAUGUUAAUAAAACAAAUUUAUUUCAAACGUCGAUUCUUGAAUCCUUCAGAUUUUCGUUGAAUUUUGUCUGUUUUGUUAUACACUUCAAAUCCUCACACGGAGCGAGUGUAUAAUA